AUGAACAAGUUCUCUUCAAUUCUUCGAACACUGGCUCGCCAGCCUCUCCAGAGACAAGCUUUUCCUCGCCAAACAACGAGAUAUGUCCAAGUAGUUAUUCGUGCCUUUCACCAAACUCCUUCUCGACGCAAUACGACGCAGAGUCAGACUCACUUACUACCAGAGUUCAGCCUCGAAGACAAAGUCAUUGUCGUGUCGGGAGGCGCAAGAGGUUUAGGUCUUGUUCAGAUUGAAGCUCUUCUUGAAGCCGGAGCUACUGUCCACGCCGUUGAUAGACUGCCCUCGCCAAUUGAGGAUCCAAAGUCAAACUUCUCACAAGUCUCAGAGCAAGGGCGUGAACUUGGUACCUCACUUCAUUAUCAUCAAGUCGAUGUAAGGGAUGUCCCAACUCUCAAUCGCAUAUUCGAGGAUAUCGCCAACGGCGCAGGUCGUCUGGAUGGCCUCAUCGCUGCUGCGGGUAUCAACCACGAAACACCAGCCAUCGACUACUCGAUGGAAGAAACCGAACAAAUGAUGGGCAUCAACUUCACUGGGGCUUUCAUGACUGCCCAAGCAGCUGCUCGUCAGAUGAUUCGCCUGAAACAGCCUGGCAGUAUUGUCAUGAUUGCCAGUAUGAGCGCAACCAUUGCCAACAAGGGCAUGCUCGCGCCCGUGUAUAACCCUUCCAAAGCUGCAGUUGUACAGCUCGCCCGUAAUCUUGCAAUGGAAUGGGGAGAACAUGGUAUCCGUGUCAACACCCUCUCCCCUGGCUACAUUCUGACCCAGAUGCUUCAAAAUCUCUUCAACGAUUAUCCUGAUCGUCGCGAGAGGUGGCCCAAAGAGAACAUGCUCGGCCGUCUAAGCACUCCAGAAGAGUAUCGCGGUGCUGCUGUCUUUCUUUUGAGCGAUGCGAGCAGCUUCAUGACGGGUGCUGAUCUUCGCAUGGAUGGUGGACAUGCUGCGUGGUAG